AUGAGCAGACUAAAGACUUCCAGACCUGAGACUAACAGAUCUGACACGAGCAGACUAAAGACUUCCAGACCUGAGACUAACAGAUCUGACACGAGCAGACUAAAGACUUCUAGACCUGAGACCAACACAUCUGACACUAGCAGACUAGAAACUUCCAGACCUGAGACUAACAGAUUUGACACGAGCAGACUAAAGACUUCCAGACCUGAGACUAACAAAUCUGACACGAGCAAACUAAAGACUUCCAGACUUGGGACCAACAGAUCUGACACGAGCAGACUAAAGACUUCCAGACCUGGGACCAACAGAUCUGACACGAGCAGACUAGAGACUUCCAGACCUGAGACUAACAGAUCUGACACGAGCAGACUAAAGACUUCCAGACCUGGGACCGACAGAUAUGACACGAGCAGACUAAAGACUUCCAGACCUGGGACCAACAGAUCUGACACAAGCAGACUAAUUACUUCCAGACCUGAGAAUAACAGUUCUGACAUGAGCAGACUAAAUACUUCCAGACCUGAGAAUAACAGUUCUGACAUGAGCAGACUAAAUACUUCCAGACCUGAGACUAACAGGUCUGACACGAGCAGACUAAAGACUUCCAGACCUAAGACUAACAAAUCUGACAAGAGCAGACUAAAAACUUCCAGACCCAAUAUUAAAAGAUUUGAUACGCGUAAACGAAUGACUUGUGACAUGAACCUGACAGUUGACUGUAGAUAA